UACUUACUUUAGGUUCUUGAAAAAGCCAUGCAGCGAUUAUCAACAGCCAUAGCCAAGAACGUAAUUCAUCAUGGCCACGUUCUCGGACCCAACAGCCAGAUCAUCCAAACCCUAAGGCCACCGUACGACGUGUUCAUAAACCACCGCGGCGCCGAGACCAAACGGAGCAUCGCCGGCUUGCUGCACAACUUCCUGAGUUUGCUCGGCCUUCGUCCUUUCUUGGACAGCAGGAGCAUGAUGCCCGGUGAUAAGCUGUUCGAUGAGAUUGACGCGGCCAUUUACGGUUGCAAAGUCGGGGUGGCGGUGUUCUCGCCCCGUUACUGUGAGUCGCGGUUCUGUCUUCACGAGCUUGCUUUGUUGAUGGAGACGAAGAAGAGGGUGAUACCCAUCUUUUGCGAUGUGAAACCGUCGCAGCUUCAGGUCAUGGACGAUUUGAAGCAUUCGGCCAAUCAUUUGGAAAGAUAUAGGCAUGCUCUUGAGGAAGCCAAGAACACUGAUGGUCUCAGUUUCUAUUCAUCAAAUGGGGACUGGUCGAAGCUAGUAAGAGACGCAUCCGAUGCAGUGAUCCACAGCUUGCUGGAGGCAGAAGAUGAGAAGCCCUAAUUUAGAUCCAAACAUAAAAAUUUUGUGCACAAAUCACUAAAUAAAAUGCAUAUAAUGGUUUGCGCACGGGGAGAUCCAAAAAGAGAUUGGA